CUUUCCUCUCGUUUAUUCCUCUCCCCAUCUCCUCCCCUCUUAAGUUCAUCCCUUCAUCUUCAUGAUUUACGGUCAUCUCAUACUCGCUUAAUACCCCUCUUCUUGGAUUUUCUAUCCUUGGCCUGCGCCAGUUAUGGCUGGAUCCAAUCCUUACUCGAAUCCCUCAGGUCCGCAGGCUUUUGGCCCAUCGCAACCAGAAUGGCGUCUGUCACCACAUCCGCAACAGCCAGCAAGGCCUCUGAACGCCGUAUCCCCUCCACCGACUUCAGUCCCGACAUACAACCCGAAUACGUAUGGUCCCAUGUCCGGUGCAUCUCAAACAACCGCGACGACCGGCGUAGGCCUGUCUCCGGUUCAGCGGCCUGGGACAGGCAUGGACACCACGGCGUGGGGAGUGAAGUUUAAUCGCCCGCCACAUAUCAAAACCCCCCCACCACUGCCGCCACGACCAUCAAGUACAAACCAGGACUCGUCUCCACUGGUGAGCCCGCUGGACUCCAAUAGGCCACCGUUUCCGCCGGCGCAUAGCCAGCCAUGGUUCGCGAACACUCCCUACGCCCCGCCUCCAUCCCACUCGGGUGCCGCCUUGCUUCCUCCGCCCCCGCCCCCGCCCCCACCUCCGCCGCCUUUUCAGUACAAUGACCUGGCCGAACGACCACCCCCUCAACCCUCGUGGACUUACCAAACACAACUGACCUCCGAAGCUCCUCACUCCACGAUCGCUCCACCAGUGCCCCCCAAGACUAGUCAUAGCGCUCUUCCUGCCAAUCCCCUUACCGGAUUCGUCGGGCCUUCGGACUGGGAACAUUUUUCUGCCGACCACGGAUACAUUGAAGAUGCAGAAGCCAUGCAGCCGAGAAAGGAUACGACCCCUUCGCGGCAGUCGACCACAACACUGUCCCCGAAGGAUUGCACCGCUGUACCCAACGCGCCGCCCGCCACCCAUCCGUCCGCGGCCGCUACGCCACCGUCAAAUGUGUCACCGACGAUCCGGAUUGCGCAUGCCCAUGAGGAUACCGGGAUGCAGUCCAAGUAUUCGCCGGUGAGCCCGGGAGUCGGAUACGCACCUCAAGAUCCCUCCACACCCGUCCGAGUAGACAGCGCGAAGUCCGAGUACAGUGACAUUGCCGGCGCUGAGACCGCAGAGCACAUUGAUGGGCUGAUCGAAGCCUGGAAUCAGCCGGUGCGGGCAGGAACGGAUACCUUGGCCCAAGCACCGUCCCCAUUGCGGCAAAAAGUCAGUCUAACAGAAACGCCUAAGCCCACGCAGGAUUUUACGAGCCAUCAAAAGAACAUGCAACUACGCAUAGAUACGGGGGGUCCAAGUCCCACCCCCGGUGGCGCAAAUGUGCAUACAGGGGUGCCGGUGACCCCUGCGAAGGCCGCCGAUCCUUGCGAGAACUUGGAGCCUUGGUCGAAAUCCUCUCUGGAGCGAUUUGUGGCAAUGCUUCAUAAGGAACAGGUCGCCGAUUCCGAUGCGGAGCGCUUUAAGAUCUUUACUGCCUUUAUGGCCAAGGAAACGAAGCUUCGAGAGAUCCUAUAUAACGUUGAACAAGGCCCAAAAACUGAAGAGGACACCGCCAGGCAACAAGCGACCCCGAAGGGGUCGCCGGCGGAACGAUCAGAUGCCGUCACCCCUUUUAUUGACUCUGGCUUGAUACCGGUGGAGCUGGAGGAGGACAACUUUCAGACACCUUCGUAUCCUGCGGAAGCGGAAGAUCCUGAAAAUGGAAGUUACAGUCCCGGCGGGCGCCCCAUACUACCCAGGCUAUAUACGCCUGCCAAUGUGGAUCUGCAUCGGUCUGUCUCGCAACCAGGCUCCCACAAGUACGGCUCCGACAAGAACACACAUGGCCCAUCCGCGCGGUCCACGUCGGUUCCCCCGUCCAGCGAUAAUAGCCAACAGAAACCGGAGUUGACCCCUUUGGCGACAAACCCCCCACAAGCAAUAUAUACCCCGUUCCGCUACACUGAAGGUCCUCAGAGGGGCUCUGACAAACUGAAAUUCGACCGGCCUGCACACCAAGCUUACUCGGCUUUGCGCCAGGCGUCUGCAGAAAGCGGACGGCUCAUGGCGAACGCGCCGAUCCCGCGUCCCGCGACGGCAUCUCAGGGCCUGGAUAACCAGGACGAGACGUUCAUUGGUCUCAUCCGAGAGAAAAGUGUCGCCUAUAGGACGAGCGAAGGCCAAGGAACAUCUUCGCCCUCGCUGUUACCGGCUUCCCUGCGACAAGGAAAAACGCCUGGACCAUUGGAUGAGCUGCGCUCGAUGGUCUCCAGGCCUCUCACCAAGCAGUCGGAGAGCUCAUGGCAUGUCACCACGAGGAAAGAGCUCGAAAGCUUUCCGGACAAUUUCAGCUAUAUGGCUGAGACUCUAAAGUCGACCGAAGAGUCUCGCAGGUCUCGUCGGGAAGAACUAGACAAGGAGCGAAUGCGCCGUCAAGAGGAGUCAGAGGCGCAUAUCGAUGCGCUGUUUAACGACAAGGAGAUCGGGUAUGCCGAUAUCAAUCUUCUGGAGGAAGAAUUCCGUCAGACAGAAGCACGGGCUCAGUUAGAGGAAGAACGGCGCGAACUAGCAGACUUCAUUGCGACUGUUUUCGAUCCCUUGGAUGGUCGAUUGAAUGAAGAGAUAUCGUCUCUUCGAACCCAGUAUGAUUCAGCACUAGCGCAGCUGGACAACGAAAGCAGCAAAAUCAAGGAGUCGAGCAAAGACAGGUCCAGUCUGUCACAUACGAUGAAGACUGUCAAUUCAAUCUAUCAGAAGCUAGAGAUCCGUUACCAGAAACGCUUGGGGAUUGCCCUGGAUCGCGAGCGUCGCCGGAAGAAGGCCGAAAGACGACCGCUCGUUUUCAUGGGCGAUUCACUUGCUUUGAAACAGCUUGAUAGCGAAUUUGAUCAGAUGGAGCGACGGAACAUCCUGGAAGCGGCCAAGGAUCGCGAUGACCGCGCGAACAGGCUCAUGGACUCUUUCGACGACGCGAUCAUGCACGGACUGGGAGAGAACCAGCGUCUGAUUGAUGAGAUCUUUGCCAAGGUGACAGGUUUGGAUGCAUCAGCUCUGCAGGCCUCUGGCUUGGCCGAUGCCGAGAUAGAGCAGACCUUGAAGUCGAUUUUCACUUUGGUAGAAUCGCUUCGGCAGGACUCGGAGUCCAUACUCCACGAUUUCGGGGUCGCGGAUUCGGGGCUCAACAAUGCAGAUUACUGUGUCUCUGUUGCGGAGGCACGAUACUCGAAUGCCGACCCAAGUGUCUCCCGCAGACUGGACCAGGAGAAGAAGAAAGAAGACGCUAAGAUUCAGCAUGAUCUUGCCUCCAAGCUGGACAGCAUCCGCGCUGGGCCGGCGGAGAUUACUUCCAACGUCAAUAAAAUCCUUGCGUCCAUUGGAAAAGCCCCUGUGGUCGAACAAGUGAUUCCAUCUGAGUCCGCCCAAACCGACCACCCAAUCGACAGUCUGCUCCCUGGGCCUCGAGCACCCACCGUCGGUCCCGCUACCAACCCCCCGUCCGAAGAUCCGGACCAUUGGCAAAGGCUGCGAAAGGCACUAGAUGAUGCAAAGAAGAGAAAUGCCGCCCGAGUCAAGACUUAACUCAAUGUAGGUUGCGUUUCAUCCACAAAGGCGACGAUGGAUUCAUGAGGUUACGAAUUUCUUUUUAUACCCCUUUAUACGAUGUUCUUUCUCGCACUGUUAUGCGUUUUGAUAUAUCGAAGAGUAGGAACAUGUAGAUUCCUGUUGGUUUCAAAGAAUAAUUCUUCAGCCUGGACUCUUACUACCCAUUGUUUGAAUAGUUGAGUCGUUCAAUUUCCUCCAUUGUAUUGGUCUUAGCUUAGUAGUUAGUACUUUUGACUAAUAGUAAUGUCU